AUGCGGAGCCCAGGUUCCGCUGGGACCGCCAGGGUGGGAGACGAAGGUUUGGGAUGUCGCCCUAAUCCUGAUGACGGACAAGCGCAUCACUCAUCGCUAACCGUACUGCGAGCCGAGGCCGCAUAUCUCCCUCGCGAGAAUUCUUCCUUCAUUGGCUCACGGACCCAUGAUUCUGACGUGCAGGGGCACGCUACACAUGUUGAGGAACAUGCACCUUACGGAGACACUACGAUCGAGACGACGGACGCUUUUUUUUCAGUGAAGGCAAUCUUGGGACUGUGGCCCCCGCUGCAUGAGUUCCCGCGGUGGUAUUGGUCUCGACUAACGGGCUACGACCGAUCUAAGUACAUGUUUGGCUUCUUUCCUUCGUGGGACUUGUUGGUGGCUUUUGUUUUUGCCUGUGUUUCGAUGGUUGUGUUGGCGCUCAUUGAGUUUUACGUGUUCCAUGCACAUGAAAGUCACCUGAGCAUUUUUCUCCCCUCCUUUGGCGCUAGUGCAACCAUUCUUUUUAGUGUUCCUGGGGCGCCCGUGGCACAGCCCCGUGCCUUAUUCUUUUCCCACGUCUCGGCAGCAAUUAUUGGAGUUUGCUUUGCGAAUAUUUUUCAGUUUUUGAAUGACGAAACAUUUGGGUUUAAGUGUGUAGCGGCCUUGGUGGUUGGGCUACAUCUCGUGCUCGUGUGUUUAACAAAUACGUUUCACCCCCCUGCGAGUGCAACGUGUGUGUCGGCGGCUCUUGCACCACUCAACGCAUAUUAUCACGACCAGGGUUUUUUGUUUGUUGUGUUCCCCGUUCUCCUUGGUUGCAUUAUCUUGUUUUUGUGUGCGUGGAUAUUGAACAAUAUGCUAGAGAGUCGUUCUCCAUACCCCAAGUAUUGGUGGUAA